AUGGCGACCAAGCAGGGGGUGAAGCAAGCGAAGGUUACAAGGGGAUUGAAGAAUCUCCUGGAGCACCGGACGGGGUACGAAUAUUUCUCCCCCAGGCGAAAGAUAAAAAAUACAUGCACUGAGUGUGGGCAAAACUUCAUUCACAGAUCAAGCCUUUCUGUUCAUCUGAGAAUCCACACAGGGGAGAGGCCCUACAAAUGCCCUGAGUGUGGGAAAACCUUCAAUCGCAGUUCGCACCUUAUUAGCCAUCAAACAAUCCACAGAGGGGAACGACCCUACGAAUGCAGUGAGUGCGGGAAAACCUUCAAUCGCAGCUUAAACCUUAUUAGCCAUCAAAGAAUUCACACUGGGGAGAGGCCGUAUAAAUGCUGUGAGUGUGGAAAAUGCUUCACUAAGAGUUCAGCCCUUUCUCAACAUCAGAGAAUCCACACGGGGGAGAGGCCCUAUGAAUGCCGUGAGUGUGGGAAAACCUUCACUUACAGAUCAGGCCUUUCUAGACAUCAGAGAAUCCACACAGGGGACAGGUCCUACGAAUGCAGUGACUGUGGGAAAAGCUUCACUCAAAGAUCAGGCCUUUCUGUUCAUCAGAGAAUCCACACAGAUGAGAGGCCCUAUGAAUGCAGAGAGUGUGGGAAAAACUUCACUCAAAGAUCAGCCCUUUCUGUUCAUCAGAGAAUCCACACGGGGGAAAGGCCCUAUGAAUGCCGUGACUGUGGGAAAAGCUUCACUCAAAUAUCAGCCCUUUAUGUUCAUCAGAGAAUCCACACAGAUGAGAGACCCUACGAAUGCCGUGAGUGUGGGAAAAGCUUCACUCAAAUAUCAGCCCUUUCUGUUCAUCAGAGAAUCCACACAGGGGAAAGACCCUACGAAUGCCUUGAGUGUUGUAAAACCUUCAGUUGCAGCUCGCACCUUAUUCAUCAUCAAACAAUCCACAGAGGGGAAAGACCCUACGAAUGCAGUGAAUGCUGGAAAACCUUCAAUCGCAGCUCGCACCUUAUUAGCCAUCAAAGAAUUCACACGGGGGACAGGCCCUAUAAAUGCUGUGAGUGUGGAAAAUGCUUCACUAAUUGUUCAGCCCUUUCUCAGCAUCAGAGAAUCCACACAGGGGAGAGGCCCUAUGAAUGCCAUGAGUGUGGGAAAACCUUCUCU